AUGUCGUCCUGGCUGCCAUCCCUCCUUCUGUUUGGCAAUCUAGCGAUUGCGUCUUCUGUAUCUACCGUUCAUAUACCUCUGAACAGUUCGUCCAGGGUCCUGAGACGUGAUUUGUAUGGUUAUUCAAUUGAGCCUGUUUCUCUUGACCCGUACCUCCAAACUGAACUGGCAUCAAAGUUAUUGGGACACGUCGCGGAGAUAGCUGGAGUACCCGCACCAAUUCGAGUCGGAGGCAAUAUCGCUGACCAAACAUUAUUCGAUCCAACAUUGGAAUUCCCGUCGGAAGCACUGCCAAAUGAUACCACAGUAGAGGUGUUACGUAUCCGUCCAGAUUGGUUCAAUGGCUGGAAAGAAUAUUUUCCACAAGGAACGGACAUUCUAUACACACUGAAUUUUCGCAACGAGACGGAUUCAUGGAUCAACGCCAUGGAGGAAGCCCAAGCCGCGAUGGGGGCACUGGGAGAUUCCCUAUCACACUUCGAACUGGGGAAUGAAAUAGAUCACUAUAUCAACAAAGGCUGGCGAGGAGCAGACUGGGACACCAAGGAAUAUACGAAGCAGUGGCGCCGCUUGACAGGCCAAAUUCUGUCCUCCAAGUUCUACAAGAAUGCCACUCACAAGCCCCUCUUCCAAGCGGCCGUCUUUGCCGAUCCUCCCAUGGUCCCUGAUCAACACGACGAAAUAGACGACUUUGACAUCGCUAACGUAACCCGCGCGGGACUGGUUGACCCUAAGAUCAUUGAGAGCUACGCGGUGCACCUCUACCCCCAAUCAACUUGCGAUGCUGAGCGUUACGCACGUCUUUCUCUGAACUUGCUCUCAGACCACAACGUUAUCUGGAAGAACCUGUCUCAAUAUAUUCCACAGGAUGCAGCUGCCCGAGCGGCAGGAAGCAGACUGGUUCUGGGAGAAACCAACUCUGCCUCAUGUAGUGGGAAAAGCGGCAUCAGUGACACCUUUGGAGCCGCCCUUUGGGCCACCGAUUAUGUGUUAACGGCAGCCAGUAUUGGCAUCGAGCAGACCUACUUCCACCUCGGUCACCAGAGUGAAUAUUCUGCUUUCACUCCUCUCCCGUAUGAGCACAAGGGCGAGAACCUCACUGCGGGUGUCCGGGCCAACUUCUUCUCGCAUAUCUUCCUCGCUCAUAUCAUCUCCAGCAGGAAGGCGGACUCGUGGAGGAUCAGUGCGUUACCCGCUGCGAAUGCAUCGGACUUUAGCGGAUUCGCAAUUUUCAGCGAUGCCCCGGAGUCCAGCCUUGCUAAGCUUGUUUUCAUCGAUUUAGGCGUGUGGAACUCGACAGUCGGAGCGCAUAACCCUUCCACUUUGGCAGCAACUGACUCCACAUUUGCUUCCCCAGGGGACCGACCGACACGGACCGUGGAAGUGCAUACCUCGUGGAGCCCAGGCACAAAGAUAGAGAUCCUCAGAUUACAGGGUCCAGGCACCAACGCAAAGAGUGGGGUGAACGUAUCGGGAGUUAGUAUCGAUUCGGCGACGGGUAACUUGGUAGGCCAAGAAAAAGUCGAGCAAGGCAUUGUCAAUGACGGUGGCAUUGUUCGCUGCGAGCUUUCUCAGGCCGAGGCUAUCUUGAUCCAGAAGCCCUCGGAAUGA